UGCUGUCAAUUGUUAGGGUAGAUUAAUGACUAAAGGGUAAAAUAGUAAUAUCUACCUCCCUAAAUGUAAAACAAAAAAUAUUCAUUAAUUUUAUCAAUCAUAUGUUAUUUGUGUGUUGAAUAAUUGAAUAAAAAAUAUAUUGAAUCUAUUACUAAUCAUUUAUUAUGGGUAGUCCAGAACGUGAACUGUGUCCUCCACCGUCAGAAGAAGAUGAAUUGACAUUACCAAGAGCUAGUAUUAAUAAAAUGAUAAAAGAAUUGGUUCCUUCGGUUAGAGUUGCAUUUGAGUCGAGAGAACUGAUACUAAAUUGUUGCACCGAAUUUAUCCAUUUGCUCAGUUCUGAGGCUAAUGAAGUUUGUAAUCAAAAUAAUAAGAAAACAAUUAACGCUGAGCAUGUUCUUAUCGCUCUUGAUAGAUUAGGUUUCAAUGACUACACACUAGAAGCUGAAGCUGUUUUGAAGGACUGUAAGGCAGUAGCUGCAAAAAGGAGGAGGCAAAGUACCAGACUUGAAAAUUUGGGAAUUCCAGAAGAAGAACUACUGAGACAACAGCAGGAGCUAUUUGCCAGGGCACGAGAAGAACAAGCUAAGCAAGACCAACAACAAUGGUUGUUACUACAGCAACAGGGCCUUGCCGUACCAGAGGGAGGUCCGCAGCCAUAUGUACCUCCACCAUCUGGACUCAAAACUGAGGAUGAUGAAGAUGAUGAUUACUCAUAGGUUUAAUAAACAUCUUAUGGAUUAAUACAAAUCUAACGAAAUGUGGACAUUCGUGAAAGCCUUGUAUUUAUAUGAUCUAGUUGAUGUUCCCGGAAGUAUACUUAAUUUGGUCCUAAAGUUUUUAAUAGUUUUUAAUGACAUUCCGACAACAGCAAUUGCCAAUGUCCUGUUUUGCUCUCACUGAUCAAUAUCAGAAGUUGUGUAAACACAUGCAUCUUCAUUCCUUAUGCUUUGAUGAAUGAAUGUGAAAAAAUCAAGUCAAAAUUGUAAGGAAGUAAACAAAAUGUAAUGUCUUUUUUUAAUAAUGUAAUAAAAGUUGUACAGUUAAAAA